AUGGUAGCUAAGGGAAUCGUUUUCAUCAUUGCACUGGCCGUCUCCGUGACUGGGUUCGUCCAUCCUGGCCUCUUGCACACGUCUCGGGACUUGGAAAGAGCCAAGAAUCACGUACUGAAGGGCGAUGAGCCAUGGAUGACAGACUGGCAACUCCUGCUCAACAAUAGUCGUGCAUCUCCAACAUACGAGCCAAAUCCUCAACCCACUAUUUACCGCGGCUCAGACGGUACUCAUGCGGAAAAUUAUCCCCGCCUCUACAACGACGCACAUGCGGCAUAUCAACUUGCUAUCCGAUGGCAUAUCCAGGGAGACGACCAAUAUGCCGACGCGGCUGUUGCCAUCCUCAAUGCUUGGUCAUCUACCAUGGUAGCUAUUGGAGGUAGUAGUGACCGCUUCCUCGCUGCUGGUAUCUACGGCUAUCAGCUUGCUAAUGCAGCAGAGCUUAUGCGUUCAUAUAGCGGCUGGAGUGCCUCGGAGCAGGACCAGAUGAAGACAUUCCUCCAGGAUGUCUUUUUCUCAGAGAGCUACAGAUUCUUAACAACCCAUAACGGACAGGACGAAUACCAUUACCUAACGGCUGACAUUCAGUAUGCAAACUGGGACUUUUGUAAUAUUGCUAAUAUUAUGGCAAUCGGUGUCUUUACCGACAAUGAAACAAUGUACGAAUAUGGUAAAAACUACUUCCUCAACGGAGACGGGCGCGGAGCAAUCAACAACUUCAUUUAUAAGAACUAUACCGAGUCCGGCAGCGGCAAAAUUCUGUCCCAAGGCCAAGAGGCUGGGAGAGACCAGGGCCACGCGACUCUGGACAUUUCUCUACUUGGGGUCAUUAUGCAACAAGGCUACAACCAGGGGGAUGACUUGUUUGCCACAUUGGGAGAUGCUGGGCUUCAUGCCUCCGAAUAUGUCUCAAAGUACAACGUUGGGUAUGACGUCCCGUAUACGUUGUACGAGAGUUAUGAAGGCAAUCAGACUGUUAUCUCAGCGGAUAGUAGGUACACUCAUCGUCCAGGCUUUGAGCUUGUCUAUGCACACUACAACGAUAUCAAACACGCCAAUGCUUCUUGGACCAAGCUGUAUCGCGACCAAACCAAUGGGAAUUCUACCGCUGGGGUUGAAGGCGGGGGCGGUAACUAUGGCCCUAACAGUGGAGGCUUUGAUGUUCUUGGAUACGGGACCCUCCUCUACCGCCUGUCGGCAUGA